AGAGAGCAGCAGUGGCUCAGCCACAGCGUCUUACUGCCAGGCGAAGGAAGGAGCCCAGGAAACACACACUCAGCCCAGCGGGACCUAACCAGCUGUUUCCAGGAGCAUCUCCUGCAGCCUGAGCCCAGCAUUCGAUGUUUGGACUUGAUGCGUCUUCACAUGGAGGCAUCUGGAGUGACUUGUGCUCCAGGAUUUAUUCUCUAAUCUAUGACAGAGUAGGAGCGGAGACUGGCUGUGGUUUUAUCACAAAACUAGAGCUGAAAGCAAACUCUCAAACGUUUUACCUGUAGCAUCAUGUUGUGUACCUGCUGUUUUUAGCAUGACUGCUGUCAACAGUUUGGACUGUGUGUGAGAGCCAGCCAGAGUUUCUGUCUGUCUGUGUGUGUGUGUGUGUGUGUGUGUGUGUGUGUGGUGUGUGAAUGUGUGUGUGUCAGGAUGAGUGUUCCCAUGUUGAAGAUUGGCGCGGUGCUCAGCACCAUGGCUAUGGUAACUAACUGGAUGUCCCAGACUCUGCCGUCCCUGGUCGGACUCAAUGGAACCAUCAUCUCCUCUCCUGAGGGCACACAUGAGCGAAUCGUCAGUGGUUUGUACCCGGGCUCAGAGGAGGGCUGGCAGGUGUACAGCACGGCCUCAGAUCCUGACGGCAGGUGUGUUUGCACGGUGGUUGCUCCAGCACGAAACCUCUGCAAACGAGACCCUCGGAGUCGUCAACUACGCCUGCUGACUGAACAGGUUCAGAAUGUGAGUCAGUCCAUGGAGGUGGUAGACCUGCGGACAUCCAGAGACCUGCAGUAUGUCCGAGACUCUGAGCCGCUGCUGAGAGGAGUGGACGGACGUUUACACACUUAUGUGGCCAACCCCCGCACUCUGACGGCUAAGGGCCUGCAGGAGUUAAAGGGCCAGAUGUCUCAGCUGAGGCCCCUCCUGUCAGUGGUGGAGCAGUAUAGAUUGGACCUACAGACGCUGGCCACCCUGCGACUGGAGCUCCUCAACCUGUCAAUCAUCCUGACAGCCAUUCAAGAAGAGAUCGGAGCGUACGACUAUGAGGAGCUUCAGCAGAGGGUUUUACUGCUGGAGACCAGGCUACACAAUUGCAUGAACAAACUCGGUUGUGGUCGUCUGACUGCAGUUAGCAUCCCGAUCACCGUGAGAGCCUCAGGGUCCCGCUUUGGCUCCUGGAUGACUGAUGCCAUGAUUCCCAGCUCCGACAGCAGGGUGUGGUCGAUGGAUGGCUACUAUAAGGGCAGGCGUGUGUUGGAGUACAGAACCAUGGGGGAUUUCACAAAGGGGCAGAACUUUGUGCAGCAUCUGUUGCCCCACCCCUGGGCAGGAACUGGCCAUGUGGUUUACAACGGGUCCCUCUACUACAACAAACACCAGAGCAACAUCCUGGUUCAGUACCAUUUCCGCUCUCGCAGCGUGUUGCUCCAGCGCAGCCUGAGUGGAGCAGGAUACAACAACACCUUCCCUUACAGCUGGGGAGGAUCCUCUGACAUCGACCUCAUGGCUGAUGAGAUGGGACUCUGGGCCGUCUACACCUCCAUCCCAAAUGCUGGAAACAUUAUGGUGAGUCGUCUGGACCCUCGCUCGCUGGAAAUCCUCCAGAGCUGGGACACAGGGUUUCCUAAGCGCAGCGCAGGGGAGGCCUUCAUUAUCUGCGGCACCCUGUAUGUCACCAACUCCCACCUGGCCGGGGCCAAGGUCCACUUUGCCUACCACACCAACUCCUCCACGUACGAGUACACUGACAUCCCCUUCCACAACCAGUACUCCCACAUCAGCAUGAUGGACUACAACCCCAGAGAGAGAGCGCUGUAUGCCUGGAACAACGGACACCAGGUCCUUUACAACGUCACACUGUUUCACGUCAUCCGGAGUGACGGAUAGAUCGACACGUAGGAAAUGGUAAAAAUAGAGAGGGAGUUAUAGUAGAGGUGGAGGUGAUGGGUCGUUAAAGGGUACUGCAACUUACAACACACACAUAUACACACACACACACACAGUGGCCAUUCACGUCAACAGGAAAAUGAGUACUGUCUGUUUGAAUUUGAAUGACUUCUAGACUGCAAGGGCUCACUGAGCUAAUAACUAGACACAAUACACGGUUGUCGAACACAUGUCUAAAGGUCACAGACAAGAGUAUUCAUCACAGCGAAGACGAAUAUUAACUGCCUCUGCGGGGACACUGAUAGAAGAAAGGAAGUCAGACAGUUUCAGCUCAUCCAUAUUCUGUUGCGUUUCAUUCCACUCGUAUCUCAAGAAGUGAUUUUGGAAGUUGAGGUUGAAUUGUCUAAAAAAAAAAAUAUAAAUAAAUACAAAAAAUCAGCUCGUGAACUGAAUUUCAACUUGCUUCAAACCUCGAGCUAUGACGAUGGAUCUGAUGGAGAUAUUCUGGGUUUGUGAUGUGAUCGUGGACGUGUUCAGUCAGCAUGGUUGUUCAUUCAAUAAACCUUACUGUCAAACUUU